AUGGCUGAGUGCAAACCUUUCUCUACCCUUAUUUCUACUUCGAAAACCGUGGUCUUUGAUACAACAUUGUACGAUGAUCCUACACAGUACAGGAGUUUGGCUGGUGCAUUACAGUACUUAACUGUCACUCGUCCUAAUCUUUCCUUUUCAGUCAAUCAGUUGUGUCAACACAUGCAUUCUCCUACAGUUUCACAUUGGGAACAAUUAAAAAGAGUUUUGAGGUAUGUUAAAGGAACUAUUACUUUUGGUUUACGAGUUAGAAAGUCUUCUUCAAGGGAAAUUAAUGCAUUCUCUGAUUCUGACUGGGCUGGUUGUCCGGGGGACCGAAAAUCUACAAGUGGCUUUGUUGAACGCCAUUGGACUUCUCCUGCCAUGGCUGCAACAUUACAGGCAUUAAUUAAUACUCCUCAGUUUGAUAUAUUGAAACAGGCUCUUAGAAUUGCACCUAGGCUUCUUGAUGUCAUUUUGCUAUAG